CCCUUUACAUGGAACGGCAACCUAACCCAGCAGAAACCAACAGAGGAUCGACUGACAGGAUUAUCUAUUACAUGCUAAAAUCACUAAAACACAAUAACGAAAAUCUUGUGCAGCCAUCAUUUGGCUGCAAAUAGAAACAGUGCUCUUAUAAGCCUAUUGCAAUAUCAGAAGAGUAACAUUUACAGUGCUUGGUGAACGACUUUCCUCCCUAAAGCGUUUUAACUUGUUUUGUGUGCUUUAAACAACAGGUAAUGAGUUUGCAGCAACGAGGCAUCACUGCCGAGCAAUUGUGUAGUGCUCUACGGAUUAUGGUGUAACAAGAAAAGCUGAGAAAGGAGAACUUGAUCUUGAUGGCAUUGGCAUUUAAUGCAUUUAAUUAUGGAUCACUUGAAUCUUACCUCUCUUGUGAACUCUGUAACAGCAGUUCUAAAGUGCCAAAAGUACGCGCAUGUUGUCUGGAUUGCUAGUUUUGGAACUAAAAUACAAUCAUUGGCUUUUGGAUAUCACGGUAGCUGUGCACGGAUUGAAGAUUAUCGUGAAGAAGAUUCAACGGAGAAUGAGCAGCCUAAAAAUUGCUACGAUUCCAUUAGCGAACAUGUUAGUAAUUUGUGCAGAAAUGGUCCACUUCUAGUGGAUUCUAACACAUAUACGUGUCUCCUGCAAGAGUGUGUCAAAUCUAAAGCACUAGAAGGAGGUCAAAGGAUUCAUACCCACAUGAUCAAAACGGGGUUCAAGCCUUGUGUUUUUCUCCAGACGAAUCUUGUUAAUAUGUAUGCCAAAUGCGGUAGUUUGGAGGACGCGCGACAGGUGCUUGACAAAAUACCUAAACCAGAUAUAGUUUCAUGGAAUUCACUAAUUUCGGGAUAUGCCCAAUAUGGACAUUAUGAGGAUGUUCAGAGACAAUUUUGGCAAAUGCGUAAGUUGGGAAUGAAUGUAGAUCACUUCACAUUUGCUACCAUGUUGAGUGCAUGCGCAAAGCUUGGUGACCUCAGACAGGGAAAGCAGAUUCAUACCCACAUUAUUAGAACCGGUUUCCGGUCUCAGCUUUUUGUAUCAAAUGCACUAGUUGAUAUGUAUGCUAAGUGUGGGAGGCUAGAAGAAGCUCAUAUUGUGUUUGAUGAAGCUUCUGAACGAGAUGGAAUUUCUUGGAAUGCACUGAUUACAGGAUAUGCACAGAAUGGGCAUGAUGAGGAGACACUGAAACUUUUUGGCCAAAUGCAACAAUUGGGGUUGAAACCAACAUUUUUUACAUUUGGUAGUAUUCUCAAGGCAUGUGGUGAUGGUGGAAUUCAAGAACGUGGGAAAGUAAUCCAUGCUUAUAUCAUUAAAACUGGAUUUGAAACAGAUGUCUUUGUUGGAUCUGCUAUAGUUGAUAUGUACGCUAAAUGUAGGGCUAUAGCUGACGCGCUUAAAGUGUUCCACAAAAUGCCUGCGAGAAAUGUAGCUACCUAUAAUGUAAUUAUUGCAGGUGUUAUCCAGAUUGCAGAUAUUGAGUCAAGUCCAAAAUAUGGAGAGGACGCAAUUAACGUAUUUAUCCAAAUGCAGCGGAUAGCGAUGAAGCCUAACCAUUUUACCUUUACCAGUAUCCUUGGAGCUUGCAGCCGCCUAGCAUUUCUUGAACAUGGCAAGCAAGUCCAUGCCCACAUCAUAAAGGGUAAGCUUGAAUCGAAUGAAUUUGUGGGAAGUGCUCUCGUUGACAUGUAUGCCAAAUGUGGAGCAGUAGAAGAUGCAUGGAAAUGGUUCAGCAAAAUGCCAAAGCUAGAUAUUGUCUCUUGGACGGCAAUGAUCUCAGGAUAUGUACAGAAUGGACAAUGUGAAGAAGCCCUGGAAUUUUUUUGCCAAAUAAUAAGGGAAGGCGUGAAGCCAGAUCAUUUGAUUCUAUGUACUGUUCUAAGUGCAUCUGCCAUCUUAGCAGGCCAGGAACAAGGAAGGCAAAUCCAUGCCUACAGUAUCAAAACUGGAUAUGAAUCACUUGUUGUUAUAGGAAACUCCCUCAUUGACAUGUAUAGCAAGUGUGGAAGCAUAGAUGAUGCAGGUACUUUCUUUGGUACAAUGUUCAAGCGAGAUGUAGUGUCAUGGAGUGUGCUGAUUUCAGGAUAUGCUCAGCAUGGGCGUGGGAAAGAAGCUCUUCAACUUUUUGCUCAAAUGCAAGAAGAAGGAACAAAACCUAACCACAUCACCUUUGUUGGUGUUCUAUCUGCUUGCAGCCAUGUUGGGUUAGUGGAUGAAGGUUAUCGAUACUUCAAUUCUAUGAUUAGAGAUCACGGCAUUGAACCAAAAGUAGAGCAUUGUGCCUGUAUUGUUGAUCUUCUUGGUCGUGCUGGGCGUAUGGAUGAGGCAGAGCACUUCAUAAAUGAAAUGGGAGUUGAAUCCAAUGCAGUAGUGUGGCGUACAUUGCUUGCAGCCAGCAGAAUCCAUGGGAAUUUGGAUCUGGGUAAGCGUGCUGCAGAACACAUCAUUGAGCUUGAACCUCACACUUCUGGCACGUAUGUUUUGCUUUCAAAUAUCUAUGCCUCGGUUGGCAGGUUGGAUGAUGCAAGAAAAGUAAGAAAUAUGAUGAGAGAUAGGGGACUUAAAAAGCAGCCAGGUCUUAGUUGGAUUGAAGUCAACAAUAUUGUUAAUUGUUUUACUGUAAGGGUAUAGAAAAUCUUACCGGUGAAUGGAAAGAAUAUGCAACAUUUGAGAGACCGAUGAAACAAAUCAAAGAAGCAAGCCUGAUACAAAUUUUGCUCUACAUUAGUGGAGCAGGAACCAAGGGAAACUUCUCUUGCGGCCAUUACAGUGAAAUUUGGGAAUCGCAUUUGGUUUGAUUAACACUCUGCUUGGAAUGCCUGUCAAAGAUAUUAAGAAAUUCCAUGCGUGAGGGGACAUACAUACUGCUACGAAUUGCAUCUUCAAGAUAUGUGAGAUAGAAAGUAUUUUUGGGAGAGGGCAAUCAUUUCCCUCAUUUCAAGGAUAGGUAGUGUUCUUGCAAAGGAGGCAGUCUAACCAAAAAAUUGAUAGCCAAAGGAUCGUGUUCUAUUUGUUCUUUGUAUUCUUACACAACCUUUCUGUUGCAAAGAAUGCAAACAAGUACUACAGAUACUUCAAGGUAUGACAAAAUGAGCGCCCCUGCAGCUGAAGGUGUUGAAUGCUAGUUUUGGAGGGGUAAGAAAGCACGGAAGCAAGCUUAAGCUUUGCAAGGAUGAAAAACACCUGGGAGAAGGUUCUAUAUACACAAAGAGGACUUCCAUCAUGAUAAAGAUACUGUUAGAAAAAACUAAUCAUGCCAAAUAGAUGGUGUGCCUUGUGUUGGAAUUUAGAAGUGCCAUGACCAACCCCCUGUUGGAUCCUGGACACUUGCGGGAGUGGAGUAUUGUGUUUGACGAAGCUCAAUCGUUGAGUUGCUCCACAAUGCUAUCCAAUGUGGUUGGCACUUACCUUUUGCAUAAUGACAUAGAGGAUGUGUUGUACUGAAGGGUACAAGGGUACGUGACCCCGGGAUUUUUUUGCUUGUGUCUUCGCUUUGGGGACAUCUUGGGGAUGGGGAUGGCUCGGGGACGUUUUCUAGCCAUCGCCAAAAUUUGCCACAUUCCUGUGAACGCCCGUCCAUCCUUCCAUCCAGAAGCGGGCCAGCCAUCCCAUCUUCUAGGAUGGAAGAGGGCCAGCCGCUCACAAAAGUUUUUAAAAAAGCAAAGCAAUGUUUCUUUUUCAUUUAUUUUGCUGCAAUUUAAAAAAUAGCAUUUGUACUCCAUUUUUAUAAAAUUUUCAAUGCUUUUUAUUUUCCUAAUUAAUUGAAAAAUCUCUAUCUUUUGGUUUAGUAAGUCAAUACCAAGAAAUAUUUUUGCUAAUGUAAUAGACAGAUGUAUUAGUCACAUCAUUUCUUGUUGGUUUUGUGAAAGCAUUUGUGCUGAUCCCAGUUGAAACAAGAAGACAAAACCCUAUUUUUGCGCUGGAGUUUCCCACAUCGAGUUUCUUUGUGGCAUAUCUUGUAUCUCGUGAUCUAUUAAAUUGUUUUGUAUUCUUCACUUGCUUAAUUGUUGAUUUGUUGCAUGCUGUUUUCAUUCCAGCAAUUAUGCAAGUAUGUAAAUUCUAUGAUCAAAUUCUUAACUUGUUCCUUAAACUUUAUGUUUCCAUUCCAACAAUUAUGCAAAGUAUGUAAUUUGUUAAAUCCUAUCCCUGAAAUGCAUCCCCCUGUCCUUUUUGUUGCUUCUCCUGCGGUCUGGAUGGUUAGG